GCUGGGACUGGAGGAGGCCACCGUCAGGGAGGGACAGUCCUUCCCAGUAGGUCAUCUCCUACCGGCAGGAGUCCUCUUGUCUCUGGAAUCUGGAAAAGAGCUCCAGAGGGUGGCCCUGCUGCCUGACACCAGCCCUGAGGAACCGGGGUCUUGCUGGAGCCGCGGAGAAGGGGCACCUCCACGUCCAAACAGCAAUGCUUGAAGCCACUGCACGUUUCAGGGGACUCUGGUGCUGGGCCGAGCAGCGUCCUGGACCAUCUCUGAUUUUGAGAAGGGACCAGGCCCACAAUCUGCUUAAAUCCAGGGAGACAAGAGGGAAGGGGCCUCUUCCUGCGGUGGUCGUGGUGAGGAGUGAAGAACCGUGUCCUGGCUGGAAAUUGCUGUAAACCCCGGGGAGGGCACUGCAGGAAGCCAGCGUGGGCAGCUCAGUCUGCCAGUCAAACCAGCCCCCCUCGUGCUUCAGGUCAAUGUCCUGCCUGUGCUCAUGAUGAAGAGGGACCUGGCUCUUGCGGGCACGCUGACUGGCCUGGCCUUCCUGUUGCUGCUGCCAUCUGGAUGUCCUCAGCAGACGGUGGAUGACGCCUGCUCUGUGCAGAUUCUCGUCCCAGGCCUCAAAGGGGACGUGGGAGAGAAGGGAGACAAAGGCGCCCCGGGAAGGCCUGGAAGAGUCGGCCCUACGGGAGAAAAAGGAGACAUGGGGGACAAAGGACAGAAAGGCAGUGUGGGUCGCCAUGGAAAAAUCGGUCCCAUUGGUGCUAAAGGUCAAAAAGGAGAUUCUGGUGAUAUGGGACCCCCUGGCCCUAACGGAGAGCCAGGUAUCCCCUGUGAGUGCAGCCAGCUGAGAAAGGCCAUUGGAGAGAUGGACAACCAGGUCGCGCAGCUGACCACGGAGUUAAAAUUCAUAAAAAAUGCUGUCGCUGGUGUGCGGGAGACGGACAGCAAGAUCUACCUGCUGGUGAAGGAGGAGAAGCGGUACGCCGACGCCCAGCUGUCCUGCCAGGGCCGGGGCGGCACGCUGAGCAUGCCCAAGGAUGAGGCCGCCAACGGCCUCAUGGCCGCCUACCUGGCCCAGGCGGGCCUGGCCCGCGUCUUCAUCGGCAUCAACGACCUGGAGAGAGAGGGGGCCUUCGUGUACUCGGACCGGUCCCCCAUGCAGACCUUCAACAAGUGGCGCAGCGGCGAGCCCAACAACGCCUACGACGAGGAGGACUGCGUGGAGAUGGUGGCCUCGGGGGGCUGGAACGACGUGGCCUGCCACACCACCAUGUACUUCAUGUGCGAGUUCGACAAGGAGAACGUGUGAGCGCCGCCAGGCCUGCCCGGCCCUGCUGCCCGCUCGGCCGGCGGCUCCCAUGGAUGGUGCCCCCCACCAGCGGUCCCCGGUGUGGGAGGGUCUCUGGGGACAGCAUGCUCCCCCCCACCCCGGGAGUGCAGGGGCUCCUGGCUGUGGGGCAUCUGAACCUCAGAGAGCGCAGUGAGCUGAACAGGAGGGCCGUGUCCUGGGAGCUCCCUGCUGUGCCGCAGCCCACACUUCACUGUGGAGGGCGCUCGGAAGGCUCUGGCCUUGGUCCAAUAGUGAAGGCCGCCCUUCACCAUCACAGUAGUAGGUGCCGACGAGGGCGGUGGGUCUGGAAUGACCUAGGCCUCUUCGUUCCUGUGUGGAAGGGAGGCCUCAUCCAGGGCCCGGGUUUCCAUAGUUAGACUAAAAUGUAGGUCCCUUGGCACUUGUUAUCCAAGUAGAAGCCACUUGCUUUGCUUCCAACCCAGAUUUCAGGAAGAUAAGAAUAAAUUCUGAAGCUCUGCCAUGGC